GUCACGAACGUCGCACAACUCACCGACCGCCACACCCACUGUCACUGUCCCCCACACUCAGCCAGCACCGUCAGUGAGAGAGUCUCGCACAGCACACAACGUGAAACCACCCGCCGCACAAGCAGCGUCACUCACACCCUCCCUCCCUCCAUCCCUCCCUCUAUCUCUCUGCAUGGUGCUGCUGCAGGUAGAUGUCGGCAAUGCGCGCCAGUGAUGGCUGGGGCAGCCACAGACCGCUCAACACUCGCCAAGGCCCUACACAGCACAGACAGCACAGACACCAAACCACACAGACAGACACCCGUGCCUCCCUCUGGGCUCUUUUGGCUGACUGACAUACGUGGCAGCGACUGAUCGGCGGUGUCCUGUUUGUCUGGUCUGCUGGGUGUGGCUUCUUCGUUGCUGCUGUUGUCGGGCUUAUCGCUUGUCGGCUGCUGCUGCUGCUGUUGCUGUUGCUGCAGCUGAAGGACGGUGGUUGCCUUGGCGGCCACUCGGUCAGACUCGCCUUCACGAUCCUCCCACUUGCCUACACAUCGACACACACACACACACACACAAACAGACAGAGAGGCCGCCGUGGAUCGACGCCCUCUCUCCCACUUACGCAGCAGCUUCGAGUAGUUCAACAGAGCCUGGGAGUGCACUGUUCGCGCGCGAAUGCCCUGGUAAUUUACCAGCAGCAGCCACACACAGACGGUCUCCUUCGCUCUCUCUCGCCACGUGAUGUGUGUGGUGUGUCGCUGACUGACCGGCGUCAUGUCUGUUUGGCGGUGGUGCUGUAGGUAGACAUCGAAUUUAUCGAGGGCCGACGUGAAGAGCCCCUCGGCCACCACGACCUGCUGGAAGUGGCUGUAUACCGCAGCCAGACCGCUCAGCAGAGCCGCCAUGCACAGACCACCUGCACACAACGAUGGACGGAUGCCCCUUGUGGUUGCCUCUCCCUCCCUCUCUCCUUCUGUCUCUGUCAGUCACCUUGCUCUAAGUCCGCUUUGCCUUCAGCGCGUUUGAGGCCCUUCUUGAGCAAGCCGAUGCCACUCUGCACUCGUCAAACACAGGGCGGGCAAUCAUUCUCUGCGGGGGGGGUGUCUCUGCGCUCUGUACUUGUGUGUGUGUGUGUGUGUGUGUGUGAGAGAGAGAGAGAGAGAGAGAGAGACUGCGUGGUGACCUUUGUGAGCUGGUCCGGUGGCUCCUCUAAGAUGCUUGUGACGGCAUCGCGGUGUCGCGUGAAGUACACCUCCACCAGGAGGCUGCCCCAGCCGCCGUACAGCUGACACACGCUGCUGUGCAGCUCUGCCACACACACACACACGCACACCCAGGCACACUUACAAGGGGCCAUGUGUGUCUGUGUCUGCCUACCCAUUUCGUUCUCUUCUGCGAUUAUCCGAUCCAGUGGCUCUUCUGGCUGACGCACAACAGAAAGACAGGGAGAGAGAGCCAACAGGCAGGGACACAAGCUCCUCGUGGCGCUUGUGCAGCCUCACUUUGUCCAUUGCCGCCAUGUCAUCGAGCUUUUUCUCAAGCACCUCCAGGGAGGUCUCACACGCGGCCGCCUGCUGCAGCAGCUCAUCGUCAGACGCCGAUAACACACCUGCACACACACACCCAUGUGUGUGUGUGUGUGUGUCAUGUGGAUGGAUUGGCGCCUACGCGGUGUGGCGCGGGCAGUGUUGUAUUCCAUUGCAACUGACGUACAGACAUACAGACACACGACUUGCAGCCUCACAUUGUGUGGGUGUGUGUCCAUUUGUAUUUGUCUCACGUUGGAGCAAUCGCCUUCUCCACCCAUCAGAGGGCACCGAAUCUGCGGCCGCUGCCGGCAGCUGCUCAGCAGACGAUGCACCAUCACCGUCAACAGCCAAACCAACGGCCUACACACACCCACACACUGUGAAAGAAAGCGAGAUACUGGUGCCCACCACCCAGUAUCCCACCUGCUGCACCAGCCGUAUCUCGCGACACAGGUGCCCGCGGCAAUACGUUUCCUCGCCGAAUGAUGCGGCCAUCUCGUCGUCAGAGCAGCCGAUGCCCGCCAACCCCUUGUGUGCCUCGUCCAAGCGGCCCUCCUCCACCUGCACCAGGGCGGCCAUGAGGCCGCUCAGCCGCGCGGCGUCGCUGUGUGCGUCAAGGGCGGCGGCCAGCCGAUGGGCCGUGUGGAAGGACUGCACCAGGAGAGAGAUGGAGUGUGAGACGACAACGAGAGAGAGGGUGUAAGGUGAGAAUGAGAAGGAGGGCUAUGGGGUGUGAAGUACGGUUACGUGCCUGCGCAGCCAGGUGCAUAUUGAGGGCUCUGCAGUGGGCGGUGCCCAGCCUGCAGAUACACACAGCAUGAUGGUAGCCACAAUCCCCUCUCCCUCUCCCUCUCUGUGCGUGUGUGUGUGUGUGUGUGUGUCUGUGUCUGUGUCUGUGUCCCCAGCAGGUCUCAUACCACUGGUAGAUGAGCGGUGCUUCCGGUGUCUGGCUCAUGAACUUGGAGCAUAUCUCAGCCCCUCGCGACCACUCCACCGCGGCCGCCCCGAACCGGCCGUCAGCAUACGCCCUCAGCCCAGACACGAACUCAGGAAUCUGCACCCAUCGCCCACCAACACACACACACACACACACAUGAAUCCAAUGCACACAUCUGCGAUGCAUUGAUCUGAUCUGAUCCACCUGGAAGAGCACUGCGGACGGUCCCUGCUGCAAGGCAGACGCUGUGCUGAGGUGCCGCAGCCCUCUCUCUAGCCUCACGCACACACACGGCUUCAUGAGUGAAAGCCAACUGUGCGGCAAAAGGGAGUGAUGAAUUGAUCGUAGCGCCAUGAAGCUGCCUGCUGAUAUAGACGCCGGCGGGAUCAACAGCGAAAUCAAAG